UCCGGCGCGGUGCGGUCGUCGUGGUACUGCGGGGAGGAAGUGGCAGCGAUCUCUGGUGGUGUGUGGCCAAUUUUCCAUCCAGGAAACAGCUGGGAUGUUAAUCAAAGAAUACCGCGUUGUGCUGCCUCUGACGGUGGAGGAGUAUCAAGUGGGUCAACUGUAUUCAGUCGCGCAAGCAAGCAAAAAUGAAACAGGUGGCGGAGAAGGCAUAGAAGUAUUGAAAAAUGAACCUUAUGACAAUGUGCCACUGUUAGGUGGCAAGUUUACAAAAGGACAAUAUACGUACAAAAUUUACCACCUAGCUAGCAAAGUCCCCAGCUUUAUACGGCUCCUAGCGCCCAAAGGGUCGCUCGAGAUACACGAGGAGGCCUGGAACGCGUACCCGUACUGCAAAACGGUGCUGACCGCAAGUGUUCUGCUGGCUGGACAAGUGGCACGGCAUGACCAUGGACGACAUCCGCGAGCUCGAGGAUAAGACCAAGGCCGACCUGGACAAGCAACGAAGGGAAGGCGAAGUUCGCGGCAUGCGGGCGGAGAACGACUAGCGGUGCUGCCUGCCACCUAGCGACAGAUUCGUUCACCAGCGUUAUGGGAAGCGGCCACCGCGUCGUCCCGUUCCUCUGCGUGUGUGUCUAGCUAUUGGUCAUUGUGCGUCGGAUUUAGUUGAUUCGUAUUUAAUCAGUCUAUAAAAUUUAGGAGGCCACUUGCUCGCCAAUGAGAAGUGCGGAGGGUAGUGAUUUGCUUCUGGCGCGGGUGUCGGUGCCCCGCCAGAGGGCCGCGGCCGCACCCCGGCGCCCGUCUUAAAUGUGAUCCACCCCGUUCGUCGAUCGACUGAGGGGCCUGGGACGCGCGCCGCCGUCGCGCCUCGCCCCAUCGCAGUCUAUUUAGCCGCAGCCGCCGCUGCAUCGCCUGCGUCCGUUCACUAUCUCACAUAUCACGCGGCUGCCUCGCUGGGGUGGCCGGCGGCGCGGGCGGGCGGCGAGCGCCGGUGGCGGCGGCGCCGCCCGGCUGCCGGCGGGCCGGCCUCGUCCGCGUCCACCGCGCCGCCGGCCACGAGCGUCCGGUCCUCGCCACUCCGCACUCCCGCGAGUCACGCGCACUGGCCCUGGGCCGGCGCCAAAAGCGAGUGCUCUUUUCUGUGCUUUAGGUUCGAGAAUGCAGGCAUUUCUGUCCAUACUGGUACUUCGUCUCUGGUGUGUUAAUAUCUGCCCACCGCGUGUAAGCCCGUGCUUUUCGCCUGAAUAGGCCAGCGCUCGCAGCGAGGCGUGUGCUCAACGACACAGUGACGCGGGCCCGGCCGCUGACGGCGUGUCCUCGCAUGACGUCGGGACACGCUCGGCCGGAACAGCUCCCACCUUGAACAAUGCGUGGAGUCCAGUACAGGGCUUGCGUCUAUCGUGUUCGCCUCACACCCGCGGAGUGGCUUACGUUGCUGUCGUCCUCGCUGGCGGGCGAGCCCAUCUUUCCCUCUCCGUGUGUCGUGCUCUGGUCGUGCUCGUGUUUUGUUUUGGGUCCCGAUGACGUCCUGGUCCUCGCGUGCCGCCCCGCCCUGUCCCUAGUCUCUGCUCGGAAUUAGUCGUGCGCGUGGCAUGAAUUUCUGCCCCCGGGGUGUUGCGUCUCAUGGGGAUCGUCCCCAGCCAAAAGUGUGUUACGAAUAGUCAGAAUUGUGGUUAAGCCACGGGGCGUAUGCAUUCCAUUCUUUUGUUUAUGUUUUCUUGGCUGUAAAAAGUGUGAAUACAGGUAGAUCAUAUUA